AUCUAAGUUAUAGGUUUGAUUUACACUCUGCUUCUUUACAAACCACAAAGAGAUCGCACAAUCUUCGCUCCUCUCCUGCCGGCGCAGUCAUCGGAACUUGAGAGAGUGAAAGAGAUGAGUAAUGGCUGAAUCUGUGAAUCGAAAAUGAAGAUCACCGACGACAAGGCUGAGCUACCGGCGGUUACGUUUCCCGGACUAGAUCUCUUACAAAAACCGACGAAUACUCGUAAACCGCCUCGAAGGAAAACAAACAACUUCAGCGCUGGAGUGAAGUUGCGGAGAGACAUUGGAGGAAAUACUCCUAAAGGAAGGAGGAGUAGGCCGGAAACUCCUCUUCUACGGUGGAAGUUCAACGAGGAUAUUCAUGACAAUGGUUCUGUAAAGGAGGAAACUUCGACGGUGGAGGUUGAUCGGAAAUGUAGUCGGAAUAAUUGUAGGACUGUGGUUUCUGUUAGGAAGUUAGGUGCGGGACUGUUUAGGCAGCAGCAGCUGCCGGAAGUCAAAAACGGUCAGAAGUUAGGGUUUCAGGCUGGUCUGGUUGAGAUGCCCUUUCAUUUUCAUCAUCGCAGUAAAGUGCAUGACUCUCUCAUUAAUGAUCCAGUGCAGAGUCCUCGGUCUGUCUUUGGUCCAACUAAUGGCCUUUUUCACAAGCUAGAAACCUCACUUCAGUUUUCCCAUUCUGCUAUGGAGGGGGCAACAAAGUGGGAUCCAGUUGGCUGGACAACAGCGGUGGAAACAAAGAAGAUAUACGGCUCUCAGAAGCUUCUUGAUCAACAAGUGAAUACUGCUUCAAUGAUCUCUUCUCUUGAGGCAGAACUAGAGUGUGCUCGUGCCCGAGCUCAUCAACUUGAGACAGAGCGGCAUUCAUCAAAAAAGAAACUCGAGCAGUUUUUGAGGAAACUUAGUGAAGAAAAAGCAGCAUGGCGGAGCAAAGAGCAUGAGAAAAUUCGUGCAAUUAUGGAUGACAUGAGAGCUGACUUCUCCCGGGAGAGGAAAAACCGAAAGAGGCUGGAAAUAGUCAAUUCCAAAUUAGUUAAUGAAUUGGCUGAUGCCAAGUUAUCAGUAAAACGCUAUUUGCAAAAUUUUGAAAAAGAAAGACAGGCUAGAGGGUUGAUAGAAGAAGUGUGCGAUGAAUUGGCCAAAGAACUUGGAGAAGACAAGGCUGAGGUUGAGGAAAUGAAGAGGGAAUCUCUGAAGUUCACAGAAGAAGUAGAUGAAGAAAGAAAGAUGUUGCAGAUGGCUGAGGUUUGGCGUGAGGAACGGGUCCAGAUGAAACUAGUUGAUGCCAAGGUGAUGCUUGAAGAAAAGUAUUCCCAAAUGAACAAGCUUAUUGGAGAACUAGAAUCAUUUCUGAAUUCUAGAGGUAUGAGUUUUGAUGUGGAGGAGAUGAAAAGAGCUGAGCAACUCCAACAGGCCGCUGCCUCUGUUAGCAUUCGUGAUAUUAGAGAACUCACUUAUGAACCACCAAAUCAAGAUGAUAUUCUUUCCGUUUUUGAGGAUGUUCAUUUUGUUGAACCUGAUGAAAAGGAUAUCCAGCCAUGUACAUUUAGUCCUCGCUCUCUCAGUCCUGAUGGUGUUGUUUACGACUUCCGCAGAUAUUCACAAGCAUAUGUCAAUCAGAGUGCUAAUUUAGAGGAAGAGGGAAGUGAGUGGGAAACGGUGACCAAUGUUGAGGAGCAAGGUUCCAACUAUUCUCUUGAAGGAAGCAUUUCAUCCGUCAACAAGAAUUGCCAGCACAGCAAUGUAUCAAGAAGUAGAGCAGACUCAGAGGGAAUUGGUGAUGAUGUCACAUCGGUUUCAGAGAUUAGUGAAGUAUGUUCUGGACCAGCUCGGCAACUUACAGCGAAACUUUGGAAAUCACGCCCGUGUAAUGGAGACAAUUUCAAAAUAAAAUCACUAGAAGGAACUAAAGGGAAGCUGUCAAAUGGAAGACUAUCUAAUGGGGCCAUUCUUUCUCCGGAUCAUGGUUCUAGUAAAGGUGGCUUUAGCCCCUCGGACCUUGGCCAGGAAUGGAGCUCACCUGAGUCUGGCAACUCACAAAUAGCACGUGGGAUGAAAGGGUGCAUUGAAUGGCCGCAUAACUCUCAGAAGAAAAGCUUAAAAGCAAAGUUAUUGCAGGCAAGAACAGAGAGCCAGAAGGUCCAGUUGCGCCAGGUCUUGAAGCAGAAGAUCUGAGGUAAGAGUUCUUAUUACAUGAGCUUUGAAGCCUCCUGUCAGCAGGUGUAUCAGUAAAAAACCAAAACAGAAUUCAACAAUAUCUUUGAUAAUAGUCUGCUCACUUGAACUUCAUGGAGAAUCAUGUCUAUGUAUCGAUAAAUAACUAUGUCGUCAUAACUAUAUAAGAGUUAAGUGUAAUUUCAAAGCUGUAUUAUUUGGUAUUCCUUAAUA